AUGGAGCUUACAAUGGAAAACAUUGGAAAUCUGCACGGUGUUCCUCACUCUCACCAAACGAGCGACUUAAUGAACUCCCCGCACGCGCGCCAGUCGUCGGCGUCGCAUCGGAACUUGGUGUCGCACGGACGCUCAGCCAUGGUGUCCAGCAUGGCCUCGAUACUGGAGGGAGCGGGGGACUACCGCACAGACCACGCGCUGUCUGGGCCCCUGCAUCCGGCCAUGACUAUGUCGUGCGACUCUGGGAUGAGCCUGAGCAGCACCUAUACAACGCUGACGCCGCUGCAGCACCUGCCCCCCAUAUCCACCGUGUCGGAGAAAUUUCACCAUCCGCACCCGCAUGCUCACCAUCAUCCGGCGCACCAGCGACUCUCAGCCGGGAACGUCAGCGGCAGCUUCACCCUGAUGAGGGACGACCGGAGCCUCGCCUCCAUGAGUAACCUCUACGGCCACUACCCCAAAGACAUGUCCGGCAUGGGACAGCCUCUAUCCCCCCUUUCCAACGGGCUGGGGUCUUUGCACAGCUCCCAGCAGACCCUCAGCGCCUACGGCCCGGGUGCUCACCUCUCCAACGACAAGAUGAUCUCCUCGGGAGGCUUUGACUCCCAUGCGGCCAUGCUGUCCCGGGGUGAGGAGCACCUGGCCCGGGGUCUCGGGGGCCACGGGGCCGGGCUCAUGACCUCCUUGAACGGCAUCCACCAUCACAGCCAUCCGCACUCUCAGGCAAACGGGUCCAUGCUGUCUGACCGAGACAGGCAGACGGUGGUGGGAGGUGGGCAGGGCGGUGGGUCGGGGCAGGUGGAGGAGAUAAACACCAAAGAGGUGGCACAGCGAAUAACGGCAGAGCUCAAGCGCUACAGCAUCCCGCAGGCCAUCUUUGCUCAGAGGAUCUUGUGCCGGUCCCAGGGAACUCUGUCCGACCUGCUGCGGAAUCCUAAACCGUGGAGUAAACUCAAAUCAGGCCGGGAGACGUUCAGGAGGAUGUGGAAGUGGCUCCAGGAGCCUGAGUUCCAGCGGAUGUCGGCGCUCCGGCUUGCAGCCUGCAAGCGCAAAGAACAGGAGCAACACAAGGACCGCAACACGGCGCCCAAGAAACAGCGCCUGGUCUUCACUGACCUGCAGCGGCGCACACUCAUCGCCAUCUUCAAGGAGAACAAGCGUCCAUCCAAGGAAAUGCAGAUCACCAUCUCCCAGCAGCUCGGCCUGGAGCUCAGCACCGUCAGCAACUUCUUCAUGAACGCACGCCGCCGCUGCGUGGAUCGCUGGCACGACGACCACGGUGCCAGCCCAGGGCAGCCGGGCACAUCCGCCACCACCUUCUCUAAGGCCUGAGAGAAGGAGAGGACCUUCAGAGGGUCGGGGACCAGGUUGGAACAACAGGCAUCAUGGGAAACUGGCUGUGAAACCUGUCUCUAACAACCCUACCUGGUCCUGGACUGUCUGAAUGCGUCCUCUGCCUGAAAAAUCCUUUGUGCCAUGCAAUCAUCUUUUUUGUCAGUCAGAAUUUCAAGCUCUCACCUGAAACAAGCGUAAUCUAAAAGGUGAAAUGUGAAGUCAGGUUCACUCUGCAUUACUCACACAAGGACAAUCAUUGAUUCUGUCUUUUUUUGAAAGAAAAAUCACUCUUAUGGCAUCUGAGAAAGUAAAGAGACACCAAAGAUUUGAUGUUUUGUUGGACGGUACAAGACACACGCCGGCCUCAUCCACCAAGUAGCCACUGAUUCUGCUUCUUCUCCCAACUCACCUCCUUUGUGUCUGCCUCUCAUGUCUCUCUCUCUCUCAUCCUCUCUCCAUGCCGGCACACGGAAGCAACAAGGGCGAAAAGAACGGCAAUAAAUCUGACAACAGAACAGCACAUAGCCUUAUUAUCCGAGCCCCGUCCUGCACACACACAAGGCCGCCAUAAAGAAAACAAACGCAGCCUCUGAAAAAAUAAACAAGGCUUUCUUAUUCUCCGCCUCUACCUCCCCCCCUCUCCUGUAGUCUCCUUCAUUCCUCGGCCAAAGGUAUUCCCUGAUGGCCAGCCAUUUCAGAGAGCAGCUCAGCCUGAUCAUACGGCAAACUAAUGAAUUGAAAAAUGAAUCGAUGCAGACAGAGAGAGCGAGGCCUUGACCCCUCCUGAAGGUGAAACUCAAGACGCUCUGCAGUAGAUACUCAGGUCUUCCAGGCCCAGGUCUAUAUUUUUUGCACAGAUGUUUGAGGCCUGCAGGGAGACGUGUCAUUGUUACUCCUAGGAGCCAAGAGUCUGUGUUUCUCUGACCAACAGGAGAGGCAGGGCGAGAUGUCUGGACAUGCUCUUUGUUCUGCUGGGAGCUCUUCCUCUGAUCAAUAACCGAGAACCAAGCGACAACAACACGAUCGGGCACC